CCUCCUGACUUUUGUCGAGACUGCGGCGACCUCCCGCGCCGCAAGCCGGCCACAGAAACCCAGGGCACCCCGCCGAACGUGGGGUGCUGCUUGCUGCGCACGAGCACGGGGCCGCAUCGGACCCUCGUCGGCCACUCCCACGUCGAGGCGACCCCGGAGCGGCGAGGCCGGAUCGGAGCGGACCCGCCGGGGUGGACAUCGGCCAGGAGCGGUCGGAGCGACAUGGGCCCCGCGUCGCGCCUGGACCCCGCGGGCCGCCCGCCAUCGGCCCGAGCGCUCCGCCGCCGAGGACCGAGAGCGAACCCAAACAUCCAGCAUGUCGGCGGAGGCGCCCAGGAGGCAGCGGUGUGCCCGUGGGGCGACGUCGUCGCCCACUCGAGGAGGAAGAGGAGGAGGAGGCGGAGGAGGAGGAAGUGCAAGAAGAGCAAGAAGAGGAGAACGAGGAGGAGCACGAGGAGGCUAAGGAUGAGGGACUGAGGGACUGACUACGUCAGAUCGGGUGACCUGCUCGGCACUACGGCCGCAGCGCCGCGGGACAGGUGUCUUUUUUCUUCCCACAGCCGAAGUGCGGGAAUGCACCAACCAAAGCCGAAGCCUCAGAGGGCCGCGCACGGCCCGAAAAGGGGCCCAAACCAGGAGGGCCAGGAGGGCCAGGGAACCCGCCCCAAGGGACCGAGACCCCGCGGACAGGAAGACGACACCCCCCCACAGCGCCCACCCCGUCAGGCCUCUGCCAGCUUCUCCUCCAGGUGCGGCUUCUCCGGCCGACCUGUUGCUCAAACCAUAGCAUGAAGAUAUUGAGCUUCGCCUGGCCUGAGGCGCCCAGGCCGUCGAAGCGGCCGUCCGCGAUGAGCUGCAGGGUGACCUUGGGGUCGAAGGUGCUGGAGAUAGGGCUCUCCUCGAAGUCGGUGGACCCCGACGCAACGUCGAGCGCCAGUUCCGACUCGUUGAGGCCCUGCACCGUGUGGGCCACCUCCGAAUAGCUGCACAUGACCUCGAUGUCCCCCUUGGACUCCGCAUUGCAGCAACCCGCGCACUCCGCGACCGCCGUAUGGCUGAGGGCCUCGAGGUGAUCACGCUCCUGCUUCAAAUGCCAUGCGACCUCCAUCGACUCCAUGAGCUCUGACGCCAAGUCCUGGAAGGCCAGCCCGAACUCGACGUCGUCCUGGAAGCUGCUCUGCAAGGUCUGCACGCUCGCCUCCAAGAAGUUAGUUCAUCACCCCGUCCGAGUGGUGGCCGAAAGCUCUGUCGGCGCCGUUGCCCCCGAAGCCGCUGUCGUUGAGUGAGAUGCAUCUCGUGCGACGCUUGGCCUCCAGAAGCUUCCUGGCCAGGGGCCGCUCGGUCGCCGCGCUCUCCAAAUGGGCGCUUUCCAUAUUGUCGCUUUCAGUGUCCGCUUUCCCGCGAGCCCAGCGCGUUGCCCUCGGCCAGUUGGGGCCCAGCGCCUCGUCCUCGCCCUCCUCGCUCCCCUAGUCGGACGCCACGCUCUUCUUGGCCAGCAACUUCGUCUUGCACCAGGACCGCGGGUCCUUCUUGUCCAACUGGAUCCAGCUUCUCUGAAACCAGAAUGCCGCCGUCCUCGCACUGCUUGAUGGGGCCCUCGACGGUGACUUCAGCGAACGACGCUCCCGACUCGCCGACCGCCCCGCCACCUGCUUCAGAAGGCCACAGCCAAGGCCCACCUUGUCCUUGAAACCCUGCAGCUCCCUGUAGCCGAGCCCCAUCGAUGCCAAUGGUUGCUCCGUGUGGCAGGCUGCCAGACUCCUUAGGUCCACAGCAAACGGCCGCAUCGCUGUCGUCUUGGAAACCGCCAUUGAUGCUGAAUUGGCCUCCGCACAGCGCCACCUGCCACUCGAAGGUCUCCCCGCUGCCGAAGUCGAGGUCCUAGAGAAAACGCCCCACGACUUGCCCGGCACCUGCCAGUCCAACGAAUCCUUCGCUGACGAACAGUUACACUGGUCUCAUGCCCGCAUGGCUCGUCGCGGCGGCGCCGCUUCGAAUCGCGCCGCGGCAAUCCCCACGUGCCCCGCGCGGAGCCGAAAUGGCUAGGCU